GCCUGCAUACGCUAAGCUACUAAACUGCUGCAUUGUCCCAUCUGAGCGAAUAUUUCAGCACCAUGUGUUCAGUUCAGCAUCUCAGAGAGUUUAUCAGAGAGAGACUAACUGCUGCUGCGGAGGAAAUCUUCACAGAGGUUGAAAAAACCAUCAUUAGCUACGAGGAAGAGCUCGAUGCUCAGCGCAGGAUGAUGGGGAUCAGCUGGAAACCAGACAUUAAGCUACACAGAGUCGGUUCGGAGCUGCAGAGGCAAAGUUCUGAGCUUCAACAGCCGAGUGUCUCCAAUGAGGAGGAAGCUCUUGCCAUCCAACAAGUCUGGAGCCUGGCAAGUCGGUCUAAACGGGACCGGAAAGAACCUGAACAUCAGUGGACUGAAGACAAACAGAUGAAACCGGAACCUAAAUGGAUUAAAGAAGAAGAGGAAAAACCUCAGCGGACUGAAGUGGAACAGAUGGGACCAGUACCGAGAUGGAUUAAAGAAGAAGAGGAGGAACCAGAAUCUACACUGCUCAAACAUGAGGAAAUAGAAUAUCCACUAACAAAUGUAAAAAAAGAAGAGUUAGAUUCUUCAGUGCUUCAGCAUGAACAGCAGCCACUAGAACAUUUCCCAACUGGACAGGACCAGAAGAACCUCUGUAGCCGUCAGGAGGGAGAGCAGCAAACUGUGCAGAAACAGUUUGCUGCUUUGAUUGAGACUUCUACUGUUCAGGAAGAUGAAAUGAAUGAAGAAGAGACAAGAACUAAGCAGCUUUCCCUUCAUGUCCCUCCAGUGGUUGAGAACAAAGAUCAGGAAGGAAGCAGCUGCUCUGUGUCAGAGAGUCAGUCUCGUACCAGAAUAAAGAAAAGAUCUUUCAAAUGUGACAUUUGUGGGAGAUGUUACCCACAACAUUAUAACUUGAAAAACCAUUACAGAACUCAUACUGGUGAGAGACCUUUUUCAUGUGAAACAUGUGGAAAAAAUUUCUCUCUAAUUAGUCAUUUAAAUCGUCACAAGAGAAUUCAUACAGGUGAGAAACCUUUUUCAUGUGAAACAUGCGGACAGAGGUUCUCACAAAUUAGUCACUUAAAUCGUCACAAGAGAACUCAUACAGGUGAGAGGCCUUUUUCAUGCCAUUCUUGUGAAAAAAGCUUCUAUCGAAGGGAUAAUUUUAGCAGUCACAUGAAAACUCAUAGAGAUCAGAGGCCUUGCCUUAAAUUGCCUUGCUGCUGAAAUAAAUAAAAUUUGAUUGAUUGAAACCAAACUUGUGGAACGAUGUUCUUUGAAAUUGAUUAUUUAGAAUCCACAUGGGCAUAUUUGUUGUUUGAAUUGUUAAAAUAGACUUUUUACACCAUUUUAGUUUCUCAAGAAUUCUCAGCUGUCAAAGAAUGAUGGGCAGUAGCUCUAAGUAGCUGUUAGGAGAACCUGGCCUAGUCAAAGGCCAGACUUCAACCUUACUGAAAUCCAGAUUUGUUAACAGACAUCUGUUGAAACAUAUUUUUUGUAAAUCUAAAUGAUCUGCUGCAGGGUUAAAACAAAACAAAGUGAAUGUUGCUCCACAAACACGAUGUUCAAUUCAGUUUUGAGGUCCAACCCCAACUUCUGUUUCCUCCACUUCAUUUCUCUCACUGCAGGGGGUCAGAUAAAAAAUUUAGAUAAUUCUUUAUCUAAAUCUAUUGUAGUUCCACUGAUAUUUUUUUCUUGUUUUAAUUAAUUAUAUUUUAAGUUAUUUUUCAGUAUCCUACUUCCUUUCAUCAUAUUUCAUUAAUUUGGUUUGAUUCCCAGUUUAUCACCAAAUGUGU